CUUUGCCGGCGCGCCCCAAGGCGGCUACGGCGGUGCGCAGCAGGGCGGCUACGGAGGUCAACAGGCCGGGUACGGUGGUCAGAGCUACGGGUGAGUUCAUUCCAUGCAUUCAAGCCAAAGGUUCUGUGUGCACGUGCAGUUGUGUCCUCGCGUCCUUCUUCCGGCUCCUGGUGCCCCGUCUUCUCUCUUUUUCUCAUUGCCCCGUCCCGAGGAAAGCAGGAGGGAACAGAAGAAACGCAGAUGCAAACGUGCCGCACCAGACACCUUCCCAAGAGGGGGUUUGGUGGCGCGAUUGUCCUGUUGCUUCAGAAUGUGUGUCUUACGAUUGUUGGUUUCCAUUCCGAAUCCCCGCCCGCGCUUCGCUUUGUCGGGUCCAUCUACAUUUCUCGGGUCGCUCCGACUCUUCCCGGCGGCUACUCUUGCUUCCCAUUUGGCUGUCUCUUGGCGCCCCCUUUCAUUGACAACAUCGUCACAGCAACACGUACGAUCAGCAGAACAGCGCCUACUCUGGCGCCGAAAAUGGAUUCGGUUCCAGUGGCUACAGCGGCUAUUGAAUAGCCCAGUCUGCGCCAUGUUUCCAUUUUCCUCGUCUCCAUUCCUUUCUCUCGUGCGGAUACUUUGGCCAGCCGUGGACAAGAUAUACAUGACUAGGAACGCUUUCGAGCUGACACUAUGCCGCCUUGUUCGCUUUUGUCUGCUCCACAGCCAAUAAGCGUCUCGACGCUCACCGCCCUGUAACGCAAAGCAAAAUGUCUAGGGACCUCCUUGGCUGCUUACCAAUGCUGGGUGCCCAAAACCUCCCUCCAGCCUGAUCAGAAA